UAACGGAUAAGUGUUAUCCUCAUCGAGAAAGAAAAGCAAAGAGAAUUUGGUGUUGUCACUAUGAACAUCGCCAAUUAUUAUCAUCGCCACUCGAACGUCAUCUUAAACCCUCACCUAGACAUGACUUUAGCGAGGACUCGUCCGCAAACAAGAGCAGAUAGUAUUACAUUCAUGACAAGAACACAAGGAAGAAGAAAGAUGGGAUUGUGUUUGAUAAGAGCAUCUGCCAAUGGGGGAGAAGAAGAAUCUAGCGAUCAAAGCAAGCCCGAGAGAAGAAGUUUCUUGAGCUUAGCAGAAGCUGGUCUUGUUGAAAUCUCGGGCCUUGGUGCACACGAGAAGUUUCUCUGCCGACUUACGAUAUCGUCGUUGAAUUUACUAAGAGUAAUAUCAGAGCAAGAAGGAUGUUCAAUUGAAGAGUUGAAUGCUGGAAAAAUAUGCGAUUGGUUCUUAAAGGAUAAGCUGAAGCGAGAGCAUAACAUUGAAUCUGCUGUUCUUCAGUGGGAUGAUCCCGAUUUUCCAUUUUAGUUAUUCUUAUUUUUACAAUUUAAGAUACAAAAAGGUAUAUGAUAUCCAUUAAAAAUAUUGUGAAAAGUUUUCACUCGGUUAUAUCAAGAUUCAAGAACCAUGAGUAACUCAUAACAUCCAA